AUGGCGGGAGACUAUAAAAACAAGACGGACAGGGGCAAAACAUCUAAAGAAACAUACCUAGGUGUAGCUAAAGAGAGCACUGAUAAAGAAGACACAAUGUCAAAGCGUCUCACUGAAAAGUACGAAGAACCGACCAGAAAAAGUUCUAAAGUAUCCAAAACUUCACGUCCGGCAGCCUCAACAACAGAACUACAUCAAGCUAUUUUAAGUGAAAAUUUAAGUGCUGUUUCUGCAAUUCUACGCAGCCGGCGCAGUAUAAUUGAUGCAAAAGACGCCCAUGGAUGCACAGCAUUGCACUUGGCUGCUGGAUGUGGGCUGGAAGGAUUCAAAAUCCUACUAGACUCAGGCGCAGAUACCAGUCUUCAAAAUCAACGUGGUUUCACACCUCUACAUUUCGCUCUGUACUAUAGGAAAGAAGAUGUAGCGAGUGUUCUUGCUCACUCUAAAAGCGAGAACGACCUGCAAGACAAAGAUGGGAGGAGUCCCUUGCAUUGGGCUGCAUUGCGAGGAUACGCUGGAAUAGUCAGAAAGCUGCUAGACUCAGGCGCCAACACUCGUGUUCAAGAUAGAUGCGGCGAGACACCCUUGCAUACUGCACUGUAUUGGGAGAACGAAGAGGCGGCAACAGUUCUCGCAAAUAUUGACAAUAAAAUCGACUUCCAAGACCUUGAUGGAAUGAGUCCCCUACAUUGUGCCGUAGAUGACGGAUAUGUGGGAAUAGUGAGGAAGUUGCUGGAUGCCAGUGCGAAUGUCCAUCUUCAAGACCGCGAUGGGUACACUCCCCUUCACUACGCUUUCGCUAGGAAAAGGCUGGAUGUAGCGAAAAUUCUCCUGGAUUACGACAGCACAGUGGAUCUUCAAGACGAAAAUGGAUUUAGUCCUUUACAUUGCGCCGUAACUCGUGGACAUCUGGAAAUCGUAAAGCAGUUGCUGGACGCCAGCGCUAAUACUCGUCUCCUAAGUGUAGCUGGCCAAACUCCAUUACACCACGCUCUGGAAUUCGGGAAUGAGGAUGCUGCUAGAAUCCUUGCCAAUUUCGACUGUGUAGGCAACAUUCAGGAUGAACGUAAGAGGACACCUUUACAUUGGGCUGCAAUAAAAGGAUAUGUAGGAAUUGCGGAGACACUGCUGAACUCAGGUGUCGACACACGUCUUCAAGAUUAUAAUGGCCAAACUCCACUGCAUUGUGCUCUGUUUAAGAAAAAAGAAGAUGCAGCAAGAGUCCUCGUAAAUUUCGACAGUAACAUCGACUUUCAGGACCUAGAUGGUCGAACUCCAUUACAUCUUGCUGCAUCUCAUGGAUAUGUGGAAGUUGUGACAAAGCUACUCGACGCAGGUGCAAAUACACGUCUGCAAGAUCUCUUUGGCAAUACGCCAUUGCAUGUUGCUCUGUACUCGCGACAGGAAGCUGCAGCAAAAGUGCUCGUGGAUACGGAUGGUGAAAACGAUCUCCCAGAUGGACAUGGGAGCACUCCCUUGUACUAUGCUGCUAGGGAAGGAUACGCUGAGGUAGUGAAGAGGCAACUGUUCUGCGGCGUGCGUCCGCAUUUGAAAAGUAAGGAACGAAAGUAUCCGUUGGAAGUUGCUUCGGUUAGAGGGAAGGAGAAUAUCGCGAAGAUGAUCCUUUCCGCAAUCGCUUUGACGGAUACUACGAUCAAUUGGCAGGAUCUGGAUCUCAAGCAGCAUGAAGGGCAGUCCAAUGAGAAGUUUCUGGCUGAAUGUCAGACUGAGCUAAAGCAAAUGAUGAAAACAAAAGUUCAUGGAAGCACCAUUUCUUGCCACGAUCUUGCAAAAAGACGAGUGAAUAAAGUGGCAGUGUACCUCAGGAACGAGGACAUCAGAACAUAUUGGGAAAAUGCGACUAAGGAUUUUCCAAUCUACAAGGAACUGAUUGCUUUCAAAAUGAAAAGAGCUGAGGAGUGGAAGACCUUAACUGAGCAGUGUGUGGACUGCUUCACCACCCUGUCCACAAAAUUGCCUUCUCUGCCUCAAUUAUGCAUUGAAAUCAUAUUGUCAUACGUGAGUGAACGAGACAGGCGAAAAUUUAUCCAAAACUUUAAAUUUAGUGACAAAAACGAGUGA